AUGGUGAUCUGGGCACAGGUAAACAAAAAGUAUCGCCGCACCCCGCGCGCUCCUUGCGCCCGCGCCGGUGUCGUUCCCCCGGGCGAUGAAUUGCCGGUUCGAUUCUCGGUCCGAAAUAGCGCGGUCAAGGAACCCGCGAAAAAUACACAAUACUCCCGCACGCAGCCCUACCUACCUGCUCGAGCGGAGUUGAUUGUGCGUUUUUUUUUCGUCGUCGUCCAAGCGGUCAUCGGUAACCCGACACCGCGGACCACUCGUCGGCGACGAUCGCAUACAAAUGGGCCAAUUAAGGCGAAUCUCGCGUCCACAGCUGAUGGAUGGACCUGUCCCGUACUAGUGGUUCUCGAUCGGUUGCGAUUCACUCACGACGUGAGCGUGGUAGGUAUUCUACUAGAGCUUAACACGUCACUGCAUCGAGACCGCACUCGAAGGCGACUCGAAGCCGUCUCGAUCGCCAGCCGGCGGCGUAUGCAAAUGAGUCGGCCAGGUGUCCGCGGCGGAGGUCCCCCGCGGGGCCCCGGACCGGUCGCGCCCAACGCCCAGGCCGACGCGCGCCGCGGCCCCGACGGCUUCCGUCUAGCCGGC